UUUUGGUCUUUCGGAGCAGCAGCAAACAACAACAUGUCUUCAGAUGUACCAUGGAAACAAAAAUGGGAAUGGUACUUGCUCUUCAUUUUUUUACAACUUUGCCUUCUUUACGACAUGGUUAUGUGUUUGAUGACAAACGAAGUUCCAUUUUUUCAAAAUGAUUUCUCCACGAAUUGUAGUACGUCAAAGGAAAACAGGUCUCUGCAUUACUCUUCGAAAUGGGUACAAGUGACAUUGAGCCCCCAAUUUGUCAGUUGCUUCAUUGCCACAGCUUAUUAGUUUUAUGGCAUGAAAAUAGUGAUGUUGAAACAACUCUAUAGUCGCACAAUGAGAAUGGAAGACUGUAAUAGAAUUCACAGUUCAUGUGGUGUAGUGAUGUUGAGCUUGCUAGUAAUGUUACUUUUUGCAGCUUCCCUAGGCAAGCACGCUGCGUGGGUCUAUUCGUACGCUAGAGAAUUUCUUAGAUGCGGUCACAAGUUUCAAGACUUAUCUUACUACUACAUGAUUGAUUUCGUCGAGUCGAUAGUUUUUAGGAUGUGGAAAUUAGGAUCGAGACUGACUGUUAUGUUUUGGUUUACCUACUGCACUGUCAUCAUCAAGAGGCAAGUCGACUCAUUCGCUAAAGAUCCAGUCAUGGAUGAUCACAUACAAAACAAUCUGUGGAAUGUAAGCGAAAGAUCUUCUCUCCAAUUCGAUGGUACUAUUAUGGCUGUGCGUCGUCUCAACUCCAUCAGAUUAUCAACCAAUGAUCUCAGACGACAUUCUUGGAUGUUGUCUGCAAUUCUUCUUCUAGAGCUAAUUUCCUGUAUUUGUCUGUUGCUCCAACUGCACAAGGAUCCGCAUACUUUUGACGACCUCGUAUUUGUAGCAAGAGGAACAAUCGAAGCAUUGGCUGUGGUAUCGAGUGCCGUUGCGGUGACCUUUUCGAUCUCAUUUAUGAACGCAGCAGUAGCCGCUUUACCCGGACAACUAAAGCGUCGUCAGACGGGCAGUGUAUUGCCUUACAAUGUUAUGAGACUGGAACAGGAGCUGCACGACGACGAGCUGCAAUUUCAUCCAACCGGAUUACAAUUGUCGUCUGGCUCUUUCAGCUUGGUUGUACUCACUAUUCUUGCUAGUUUGGUUACUUUGUUUGUCUACUACGGACUUUGAAACUUGGCUAA